AUGCCAGAGCCCUUCGCUUCAGUGCUGCUGGAGGACAGAGGGGAAUCCAUGGCAGAACCCAGAGCUGGGACCUCGUCGUAUCCUUCCAUGCCACCCAAAAAGAUUCCGGUGCCCAUGGGGCUGCUCUGCCUGGUGCUCCUGCUGACUGUUCCAGCCUCAGGAUCGAACUGCAACCUUCUGAAACUGCAACAGCGAAGACUGAACUGGCAAAGCGUGGAGCUGCUGAAAGGGAUGAAGGCGAGGCUUCCCGCACAGUGUCUGCGGAAGAUGCCAGCGUUCAGUUUCCCCAUUCAACUCCUCAGGAUACGACAGCCACAAGCUGCCACCAAAGCCGUCCUGGAGAUGCUUCAGAGAUUCCUGCAUCUCCUCAAGAAUGAUCAUCUUUGGGUCACCUGGGAGACCACCUUGCGAAAAAGGCUCCUCGAAAAGCUGCACGCGCAAACUCAGAGGGUCCAGAGGUGCCUCGAAGAAAGAAAACCGAAGCUGGGAAAAAGCCAGAAGGAAUGGAUGCACAAACUGCAACUGAUGAAGUAUUUCCGCAGCAUCAGGAAUUACCUUGAGGAGAAGGGACUUGACAGGUGCACCCAAGAGUUUGUAAGACAUGAGAUCCAGGUGGAUUUCAUGUAUCUGGACAGACUGACCGAGAGAAUGGAGAUCUGA